AUGGCAAAUGCACCGAUAUUUCUUCCAACCUCUGGCACUGUGGCGCUUGCGCCGGUACUCAAUCCUCGAGCGGUGUGCUCGGACAAGACUGCUCCGAGAUACCAUUCGUCAGUGAUGUUCGAUGUGAACGGAAACGCUGCAUCGUUGAGAGUUGCUCAAACGGAAGGUCGCCCUCUCUUCAGAAGCGCAGUUGCGUCUGGCCAAGAUCUGGACGCCGCAUGGGUCAACUCGUCCGGUAAAUUUACCGCCAGGACAUUCCAGCCUUCGUCAAGCCGCACCUAUACAUUUCAAACACCAUCGCCCCUUUCACACACGUAUAACUAA